AUGCAUUCAACGAUUGAACAAACCCAUAGAUUGGUGCAUAAGAUUAACGAAACUCUACAAGAAAAGAAAUAUUGCUCAGCUCUGUUCUUAGAUACCACACAAGCAUUUGACAAAGCAGUUAUAAUAUUUUUUGUAGCCGUUACUGUCGGAAUAUUAGGCGCGCCUGUGGAUGAUUACAAGAAUGCGAAGAUUAUUAAAUAUGAAAAUACUCCAUUUGCUCCGGAUAAUGGAUACAGAUUUGAGUUCAAGACCAGUGACGGUCAGUCCCGCAAAGAAGAGGGAGCAUUUGUUAGACCCGAUCAAAUUCUGACUGUUAAGGGCUCCUACAGUUAUACCGACACAAAUGGCAAACUCGUCGAGGUCUCGUAUAAAGCUGACGAUAAGGGGUUUUUGAUAGUCCCCGAGAGCGACAUGACAGUGUCGCAGAGAUUACCGCCUGGCGUCAUCGAGUCUCUGUUGGGAUAA